AUGCAACUGGUGUCAAUCCCAGAUGGUGACAAAAUCACAUGCAUUAUUGCUAAUGAGACAAUGGGAUGGGUACUUGAGAUUGCAAAGAAAAUGAGAAUCAAUGUGGCAGCCUUCUGGCCAGCAUUAGUUGAUUGCAAUACGAGUUGUGAAUUAGAGGCGGCAGCCUUCACUUUAUUUGCUCAAAUACUACCUGGAGGCCCUCUUUUGGCAAGUAAUCGACUUGGAAAAUCUGUUGGCUACUUCUGGCCUGAAGAUUCAGAUUGCUUGGCAUGGCUUAAUAAGCAGCCUCCGCAAUCUGUCAUUUAUGUUGUUGCAUUAGGGAGCUUCACAGUUUUUGAUCCGACACAAUUCAGGGAGCUGGCGCUUGGGCUUGAACUCACCAAUAGGCCAUUCCUGUGGGCUGUGAGACAAGAUUUAACUACCGAGACAGACAAUGCAUAUCCAGAAGGCUUCAAAGAUCGAAUGCAAGGCCGUGGGAGGCUGACAGGCUGGGCUCCUCAACAACAGGUCUUGAGCCAUCCUUCGGUGGCUUGCUUCCUCAGCCGUUGUGGUUGGAAUUCUACUAUCGAAGGUUUAUGCAAUGGUGUCCCUUUCCUCUGUUGGCCUUACUUUGCAGAUCAGUUCCUUAAUGAGAGCUACAUAUGUGAUGUUUGGAUGAUUGGUUUAGGAUUUGAACGAGAUGCAAAUGGAAUCAUUCCACAAGAAGAAAUAAAGGAUAAGAUUGAGCAGCUUCUAACUGGUGGAGAAUACAAAAAGAGGGCCUUAGAUUUAAAAGCCAAGGUUAUUGAUAAUAAUAAAAAUGAUGGGAGCUCAGGCAAGAAUUUCAGCAAUUUGGUCCAAUGGAUUAAGGACGAGAAAAACCAUUCCUGCAUUGAGCAGUCUUGA